GUGCCUCAGCCCUCUUCCCUCCGGGCUGGCGACUCCAAGAUGAACAAAGUCUGUGCGGUCUUUGGAGGUUCCCGGGGCAUUGGCAAGGCGGUAGCCCAGUUAAUGGCCCGGAAAGGCUACCGAGUGGCGAUCAUCGCCCGGAAUCUGGAGGUGGCCAAGGCCACCGCGGGCGAGCUCGGGGGAGAUCAUUUGGCCUUUGGUUGUGAUGUUGCUAAAGAACAUGAUGUUCAAAAUACAUUUAGAGAGAUGGAGAAACAUUUAGGCCAAGUAAAUUUCUUGGUAAAUGCAGCUGGUGUUAACAGGGAUAGUCUUUUAGUAAGAACAGAAUCUGAAGAUAUAGUAUCUCAGCUUCAUACCAACCUCUUGGGUUCCAUGCUGACUUGUAAAGCUGCCAUGAGGACUAUGAUUCAACAACAGGGAGGGUCUAUUGUUAACAUCGGAAGUAUUGUUGGUCUAAAAGGCAAUUCUGGUCAGACUGUGUACAGUGCUGGUAAAGCAGGAUUAGUUGGAUUUUCACGUGCACUUGCUAAAGAGGUAGCCAGAAAGAAAAUUAGAGUGAAUGUAGUUGCACCAGGAUUUAUUCAUACAGAUAUGACGAAACAUUUGAAAGAAGAACAUUUAAAGCAAAACAUUCCUCUUGGGAGAUUUGGAGAAACUAUUGAUGUGGCACAUGCAGUUGUGUUUCUUUUAGAAUCACCAUAUAUCACAGGUCACGUUCUAGUAGUGGAUGGAGGAUUACAACUCACUAUAUGACUCAAGUUACUCAGAUUUAAUGGUGGUCAGAAUUGAGGGCACACUUUGUUUGGUAUUGAUUUGAUACAGUUAUAUACUCAUAUGGGUGACAUUUGGUAAUCAUACAUGAUGCUACCAAUAUUGUUUUAUAUUUUUCUAUGAUUAUGUGUGGAAAGAAUAAUGUAUGACCAGUUGUAUUUUAUCUAAAAGGUAUGUGGCACAGAUCUUUAUAGGAUGCCACAAUUUCAGUACACAGCAAGAGAUAUUAACCAGUAUUAAUUUAUAUAUUUUGUCUCAAAAAUAGAAAAUUGCGUUCUCUAAUUGUGAUAAUUAUUUCGGUAUAUCAGGUUGAAUUUUCUAGGAAUUAACCUUUUGGGCUGUUGCCAGAAUGAGAGUAUUUCUAGAACUUUGAUUAGUUAUUAGUACUUUAGCAAACCUACUGAUGUUAAACACAUAGUUUUUGUUUGAGACAAAGACUCAGACUCACCCUGCUCAUUUCAUGUUUUUAUAUGUGUUUAACUUUUAUCCACAUUAAAAAAAUGGCCCCAACUUA